UAAAAGUUGCUAGAAAUAUUAAUAACAAGGUAAAAGUACAGAUAUGUGGAUUUUGUACUUACGUACAGUAAAGACUUGUGUACUUUGUUACAUUACAACACUGAGUGUACAUGACUUUAAAAAAAAAAAACGUAGCUUGGUUUUAGUUACCUUAAAAUAAGCCUUGUAUAUGUACAUGCCGCUAUCUUGCACCAUCAUGUUUCUACAGCAGCCCAAACCAGCCAACGUGUUUGCAUGUAGCUUAGUAUGCAAACAAAGAACGACAUCCUUCCUGGCAUGUGAAGGCCACCAUAGUUCCCUGACAACAUUGGGAAAGGGAGGGUUGAGCAUAGUUACAAUUUGUAGUCUCACCCUUAGAUGUUGUUUAGGUUUUUUUGAGCUAUGGUAAAAACCCUCUGCACUGAGGAAAAGUACUGCCUCUUCUUGGCUAUGUUCAGGUGUCUGCUUUCAUAAAACAUGCUUUAAGAGCCUCUUUAAAUCAACAACAUCGAAGGGUUCAUAGUAGUUGUGUAUGUGGAAAAAUGUAUUUACCAAAAUAAUUGAACACACCUAAUAUAAUCAUUAUUGACGCUUGUGUUUUUGGUUUGAACAAUACAGUCAUCAAAAUUGGCAGUCACAUAAAAGACAUGAUCUAUUCCAUAUUGUAAUACAGUAGAAUAUGGCAGUGAAGAUGCCCUCUGCUGUAAUGGGCGCCAUUUACAUGGGUAUUUGCAUGGCAUUGGCAUGGAUGACCUGCAGACUGGGGACCAUGUGGGUGGGACACGAUUAAAUGAACUGCCAGUGCUUAUCUGUGAGUGGAACUUCACCAGCCACCAUGGAGACAGCAGUUUGGUCAGUACUGACAUUUUGACCUUUUUGCCAGCACAAUGUUGACGUAGUCUCACAUUUGAAGCUGAUAGGGAAAACUAAUUUCUGGCACUGUGUAGGUCUUUGUUUCCGUAGCUUAACAAAUGCACAUUUAGUUGAAUAUAUGAACCAAUGGAAAUAUUUGCAUUUGAAAACCUCAUGGCGUCAUAUCCAUUUUGCAUUCCAGCACACUCUUCCUCGUGUGCUCCCAGUGAUCCACGUCUUCGCCUUCGCCUCUGUGUUCUAUAAUAUUACGUGAUCCCCUCUAACGCCUCCUGAGACACCGUGUCCUCCUCCAUGUUUCUCCCACCCCUCGAAAUUCACUCAUUGAGAAAAGCGAAAGCUGCAGACGUAAAUGUCACCCAGCAGGUUGCAGUGGAGUCACGGUGAAGAUACAGAUCAGGAGGUAUUCCUGGAAUGUGUCACAGGUUCCAACAACCAAGGGUUACAUCGUGUGUCUUAAUGACAAGUGGCCGUGGGUUGGGCUACUUCUGUGACAUCAUGGGAGACGGUGAAGGGGGAGGGGGGGAGUAUAUAGAGUGGCAGAGCUCAGACACCUGCAGCACAUUUAAAAACACAGCUGAGUGUGCAGAUACAAUAGUCGUCUCUACUGAGCUUUGUCCAUCUGUCAUCAGCUAUGUCUGCACACAAGAGCAUUCUGCUUUUCAUCACUCUUUGGGCUUCAAUGCAGGACGGUUUGAGUCUUCCAGUAAUGAAACAACUGGAAGAAGCUGGUGAUGGAACCCCAACACAAAGAAUCAGGACCAAGCGCUGUGCUUGCAUGAGCCAGCUGGACUCUGAGUGCCACUACUUCUGCCACCUGGACAUCAUAUGGGUCAAUACACCCAGUAAGACCACAGCUUAUGGUUUAGGCAGCGCUCUGACCCGGCGCAGAAGGUCCACCGGCCGCUGUGCCUGUGCCAAACCUCAAGAUCAAUUAUGUACCAACUUCUGUCAACACAGCCCUGAGAUCAAAUCUAUGAAGAGUCGUCAACUCAACAUCUUCACCAUCCUAAGAGCUUUGGCGAGCAGAACCAGGAUGCAGCUCUCUGAGGCUCAAAGUAACAACACUCACUAAACAAAGUGGCUGUUGAGCAACGAGAGCGACAGAGGAAGAGGACAGCGAGCAGCUGAACAAAUGACGCUCCUUUGAUGGAGAGGAGGAGGAGGAAAAAAAAGGGGGGCUGCUGAAAGAUGAGUCUGAUGCAGGAAGGCCGAAAGGGCCGCAGAGAUGUUUGUACCUGGAGACACACGGUGGAAAACACAACAGUGUUGCACGGACUUAUCACGGAAACAGAAGAGGUGGACCAGCAAUGAGAUGAGCCAAUACUCUAUCAGGCCUUGAAAAUGCUGCUCCUGUUGUCAUGUUUGACUCUGAGUGCCAGGCUGGGCAGUGAUGUAGAUACAGGCCAGCAGCACUGAGUCACAGCGACAUGGAUACUGGAAGAAUCCGUCGUUUCAGACACAGUUUUGUAAAAUGGUUUUGUGUUUCAUGAAUCUGAGAUUGGUGUAUGUUAUUAUGUGGUAGACCUUUGAGAAAGAAAGUUUUGUAGAAUUAUGAAUUACAACACAACUAUCAAGCAUUUUAUCGUGUGCGGAAAUUAAAUCAGAAUUGUGGCAACA